AUGGACUUUCCAGCUCCACCAUCCCUCCUCCAGCAGUCGCAAUACUCGCAGCAUCACCAGCAACAACAGCAACAGCAACAGCAACAGCAACAGCAACAGCAACAGCAACAGCAACAGCAACAGCAACAACAGCAACAGCAGCUACAACUACAGCUACAGCUUCAAUACCAGCAACAGAUCCAAUUCUACGAGCAGCAACAGCAUCAACAGCAGCUCCUAGCCAUGAACGGCAUGAACGGCGCCAACAUGCAGGGAGCCAUGGUUGGCGUCCCCAUACCAGCCGGCCAGGCAUCCGAGUUGACCUUUAUCUACAACAUGGUCGACACUCUCAGCGGACAGCUCGCCCAAAACCAGCGCACUCUCGAAGAAGUCAUCUCUUGCGUCGGCCGUAUUCGCGCACGGGCGAGGUCACAGUCGCUAGGAAACGAAGAGCUGAUCAACCUGUCAGCGGAUGAAAUCAAGGCCCAAGAAGCAGACCUCGACACCUACAUAUCAGUCCUCUCAGAAGCCUUCGAGAAAGCCAGAUACUCGCGUGACCAAAACGCUUUCCUCCUCCACCAAUUCGCCGAGAAAAUGUCCUCCAUGCUCCGAAUCUUCCACGAAUACAAAGCCAAGCACGUCAGCGACGUCUCGACCUGGCACAAGUCCUACCGCAAACAACUAGCCGAUGCCCGCGCGGAGAACUCCAGGCUCCGCGAACAAAUCUGGGAGAUGCAGGCCCACGCCGGCGCCGCGAACGAGAAGCUGAGGAAUUUCCGGAAGAAAUACGACGAGGACGAAAAGAGGUGGGAGAAGAGGGUCGAGAUGAAGGCGAUGAGGCAGGAGUUGAGGUUCUGGAAACGGAUGGCGAUGCCACACUUGGCAGAUGACGAUCCGUACUGGAGUGACGACGAUGACCUAGUGGAUGUGGCUGAGAAGCAGAGGCUGCUGGAGAUGCAGAAGAUAGCGGCCGAGAACCUGGCGGCAGAAGCGGCGCAGUUGGCGGCUGCACAUGCCGAGCUGGGAGACAUCACCGGCAACGACGAGGACGGCGGGGAUCAAGAAGGGGAUGGGGUUCCACCUCCUGCGCCAGCGCCGCCGUCUACAAUGACGCCACAUAACUUGGUGCGGUCGCUUGUGGGCGGGGUGCCGAUGCAGAGGAGUGAUGAUGGGGAUAAUGCUGGGCCUGUUCCGCCGCCGAGGCCGUUGAGCGCGGCGAGUAGUACCGGGUCUUCGGGGCAGUGA